GUAGGGAAGCACUUUUCUGCAUGAUCACCAUAGCACUCUGUGACUUUGCUGGGGUCUUUCAGUGAGGUCGUUAUGAUUUUACAAGCUGUGUUAGAGUGUAUGGAUUUUACAGGAUGGUUGAUAUCCAUCUUUACGGCGCUGCUGGUGAUUGAUGUGAUCAGAAACAGGAAGCCACCAAACUUUCCACCUGGACCUUUGGCUUUGCCUUUACUGGGCAAUAUCUUCACUGGAACGGACUUCAAAACCAUAAAUAAGAUGACUGAGGAGUACGGCCGAGUGUUCAGCCUACGCAAAGGCAGUGAGAGGAUAGUGUUUGUUUCAGGAUUCAAGAUGGUAAAAGAGGCCCUCAUUAACCAGCUGGACAGCUUUGUUGAACGACCUAUCAUCCCUCUUUUCCAUGUUGUCUUCAAAGGCCUUGGCAUAGCUUUAAGCAAUGGUUACCUAUGGAAGAUGCAGAGGAAGUUUGCCAACACCCACCUGCGUUACUUUGGGGAGGGUAAGAAGUCCCUGGAGAAACAUACUGAACUGGAAAGCACCUUGCUCUGUGAAGCCUUCAAAGAGGAGCAAGGUAAACCAUUCAAUCCCCACUACACCAUAAACAAUGCUGUGGGUAAUGUCAUCUCUUCGGUGGUCUUUGGAAAACGCUUUGACUACAGUGAUGAACGUUUCCAGAAUCUGCUACGUUUGGACAAUGAGGCUGUUGUUCUGGCUGGCACAGCUGGAGCUCAGCUCUAUGAUGUAUUUCCGCGCCUGAUGAAGCACCUGCCAGGUCCUCACCAGACCAUCCUCUCCAACUACAAGAAGAUUAUGGAUUUCCUUCAAGGAGAAGUCGAGAGACACCGUGAGGAUUGGAACCCAGAUGACCCCCGUGAUUAUAUAGAUGCCUAUCUUACAGAGAUUGAGAGGAGGAAGGAUGAUCCCCUGGCCGGCUUCAGCAUAGAGACCCUGAUGGUGUGCACCCUGGACCUGUUUGAGGCUGGGACAGAGUCAUCUGCAACCACAUUACGCUGGGCCUUGGUGUACAUGAUGAACUAUCCAAAUAUCCAGGAGAAAGUCCAGGCUGAGAUAGACAGCGUGAUUGGACAGUCUCGUCAACCCACUAUGGCCGACAGACCCAACAUGCCCUACACUGACGCUGUCAUCCAUGAGACUCAAAGGUUAGGGAAUAUUGUCCCUCUGGGUUUUCCCAAAAUGGCCACCAAAGACACAACACUGGGAGGAUACUACAUACCCAAGGGUACGGUUAUUACUACAAACCUCUCAUCUGUGCUGUUUGAUAAGAAUGAGUGGGCAACUCCAGAUAAGUUCAAUCCUGAACACUUCUUGGAUUCAGAGGGCCAUUUCCGCAGAAGAGAGGCCUUCCUACCAUUCUCAGCAGGUAAGCGUGUGUGUUUAGGGGAACAACUGGCUAGGAUGGAGCUGUUCCUUUUCUUUGCUUCCCUUCUCCAACGCUUCACCUUCUCUCCUGUUCUCGAAGAGAUGCCCAGCAUGCAGGGUGUGUUGGGCUUUACGCACUCGCCUGAGGUCUUCAGGAUGCUUGCUUUGCCUCGGUGACUUCCAACCCUAUCCGCUUUCAGUCCAAACUAGAAGUUCAUACAGAGUCUUCUGUGAAACAGGACAAACUACUAUAUUGAUAACACUUACUGAACAAAAAGGUUUACUGUGCAGUUUAACUGAAUGCAAAGCAAAAUUCACUUCGCUUUCCUCGCAGUGGUUUGAUCAAAAAAUUAACAGACGAAUUUCUUGCCAUGUCACGGCUAGCAUUUUUGAUUACAGUGAUGCUAUUAGCAAGUUUGCUAGACCCAAUAGACGACAGCUACGUUAUAGUGAUGGGAAUUCCAGCUCUUUUUAGUGAGCCAGGUCAUUUGGCUCAGCUCAACAAUAAGACCCAAAUGAUGCAUGACAAAUAAUGUAAAAACAUCAAACACUAUUAUAUAUAUGUGUAUUGAACGUUUUAUGUAUAUUGAACUAUGUUUUGUAUGUUGGCGACCAGCGUAAUGUACAAGUCUGACCAUGCUGGGCUUUUUUUCUUUUUUUUUGGAUUUCCCCCUUUUCUCCACAAUUGUAUCCUACCAAUUACCCCAUUCUUCCGAGCCAUCCUGGUCGCUGUUCCACCCCCUCUGCCAAUCCGGGGAGGGCUGCAGACUACCACAUGCCUCCUCCGAUACAUGUAGAGUCACCAGCCGCUUCUUUUCACCUGACAGUGAGGAGUUUCACCAGGGGGACGUAGCGCGUGGGAGGAUCACGCUAUUCCCCCCCAAGUUACCCCCCCGAACAGGUGCCCUGACUGACCAGAGGAGGCACUAGUGCAGCGACCAGGACACAUACCCACAUCCGGCUUCCCACCCGCAGACACGGCCAACUGUGUCUCUAGGGAUACCCGACCAAGCCGGAGGUAACAUGGGACUCGAACCGGCGAUCGCCGUGUUGGUAGGCAAUGGAAUAGACCGUCACGCUAUCUGGACACCCCCACCAUGCUGGGCUUUUAAUGUUGUUACCAAAGUGAGACGCUUCUGGAUCAUAUUUAACAAAUAUGUUAUAGGAUCAUCCUAUUAUUCAGUCUUGUAUUAAAUUUACAAAGAAAAAAAUGAAUCGCCGGUCAUAAAUUUCACUUCAUAUUCAGUUAAAACACACCUUAAGGGUGUUAUCACAAACGGUGUAAAUAAUUUUCAAAUAAACCUAUGCCUUAAUAUUUGAACGAUUAUCUUUUGCUGUCAUUGACACCAUUAUAGUAAUGACACUAAACUGAAAGUAAUGAUAUUGAUUUUGAUACCAUAAAUCCAUCUGUAUGAUACUGCUGAUUAAGUGCAUAGUGCCUUAAGUGCUCUAUAAGAGCAUUCACUUUUUGUUGUUUUGUAAAUCAGUACUUGUGCUUGAAACUGUGUCAAAUUCAGUAAGUUGUUGCAUUGAACUUUGACAUGUAACAAUGUGAUAAAUGUACUGUGAACUCUGUAUACACCAGUGAUGACAGAUAUCUAAGAGGCAUGGCCAGUUCAGGCACACUACAUGACUUGGCAAAUUGUGUUGUUUGUCACAUGUUGCCGUUCCCCUCUCUCUUCCCUGUCUUAUCCUCAGUGCCGGAUUUAGAUGAAGGGAGGCCCUAAGCUAUCCCACUUGUGAGGCCCCUCCCAAUCCCCCAUCCUCAUGACUAGAGAAAGAUGGAAGAGUGUUUUAAACAAAACUGAGUAAAGCCAAGGAUGAUGACAGCUGUUUAAAAUUCCUCAAUUCACAAUUCCUCCUCUAAAGGACACAAGAUGUUAUUUUUAAAUACUGUAGGGAUUGAAAAAAAAUGCAUAAAUUUUCAAAUUAACACUGUGAAAAACUGUUGCAAUAACUGAACUUUGUAAAUAUUUUGUGGCAUAAACAGGAAUUUUUGGGAAGAUGAAAUUGUAAGUUUACUGUUAUAUUCUUAAAAAAAGAAAAACCUUGAGUUUAAAAUGUAAUCACCUGGGAAAUGUUAGUAAAAUGAUCAUAACUACCUGACAAGUGACAAUGUGAUACUUUUAGAUCCUACUUUAUGUUGUCAUUAUCGGUUUUAAAAUGCAUAUUAAGAAAUAAAAAAACUACAAUCA